AUCUGCGGGCUUUUCCAAAAGAAACUUCGACAACAAAAAUAUCAGAAAAAUGGCGAAGUGACUAAAGUUAAUAUGUUGAGAAGAUUUGGAUCUGGCUGUUUUUCAAGAGUAUUUUCCUCUUUUAGCAGCUAUAGAAUCCCUGUUGUCUGUCUAUUUCAUAAUGGAAAUUCGGCAACUACAGAGGAAAAGAAAGAACAGUUCAAAGGUCCUAUUCCAAUCGAAAACUUAACGAUAAAAUAUUCAAGAAGUCCAGGACCUGGUGGACAAAACGUCAACAAAGUGAAUACCAAAGUGGAUAUUCGUUUUCAUGUGAUGACUGCUGACUGGAUUCCUUUGUGGAUAAGGAAAAAACUAUUUAUUGAAGAAGGAAGUCGUAUCAAUAAAGAUGGUGAAAUGGUUUUACAGUCGAGCAGGUUUAGAGAUCAAAAGAAAAAUUUGAAUGAUGUAAUCGCGAGAAUUGAAAGAAUUUUACAAAAUGUUUCCGCUGUGCCUAAAGAGACGUCUGAGGAGAAGAAAAACAAGAUCAAUAACAUGAUAAGAUCACAGGAUGAAAGACGCUUAAAGGAAAAAAAAUUUCGAUCUCAAAGAAAGUCAGAAAGAUCUGGUCAACAAUUGUGAAAUUUUGACUUUUCUCAUAACUAGCAAUGUCUAAAAAAUCAUGUUGAUGCUAAUUUCAUGCAUGAUACAUGUGGUUGAAUUUGCAAAUAGUCUCAAAGACUGGAGAACUCUUUAUCUAUGUACUAAAGAAAUUGGUUUGAGGUGGGGGGUAUCGUUUAGAGUGAUGAUGACAACUGCAUAGAUUGUUGAAAUGUUAGUCAUCAUCAACUCCAACAGUCUUUCUCAGGACUGAACUAACCUUUUUAUCUACCUUAAUGUUAGCCUUAUGUCAUGUCUACCUUUAUGUCUACCUUAAUGUAAACCUUUAUGUCUA